AUCUGCGUGGCUGAUCCUCGUGCCUCUGGCGCCCCUUAGCGGGACUCUACAGUCCUAUCAGAAACCACCACAAGUUCGGCGGACAGUCGUUCGCCUCUACAAUGCUUUGCCAAACUUCCCGAUUCCAGACGGGGCGCGACGAUGCGCACUUACCCGCCGCGCACACGCGACGUCCUCCUUACGGCACAAAGGCUGCGGGAGGAGGGGUUGGCGCAAGCGCUCUGAGUUUCUCGAAAAAUAGGGUCAUCAUCCUACUUCCGGGCGCAGGCCGGGCGGAGACGCGUGCGCCGUGAGGACACGCGGGACUUAUUUCAUGGGGCGGUGACGUAAUGACAGAAGAGGAGGUGGCCAAGGAACGGAAGCCGGGAGGGAACCAGGACGGAAGGGGACCAGGGCCAGGGUUGUGUUCGGAGCCUUGGCGGGGCUGGGGUUCCGAUGUGGGCCCCGGAGCGGGAGGCCGAGGCCCCGGCCGGGGGAGACUCGGCGGGCCUACUGCCCCCCGAGUGGGAGGAAGAUGAGGAGCGCAUGUCUUUCCUGUUCUCCGCCUUCAAAAGGAGUCGCGAGGUGAACAGCACCGACUGGGACAGCAAGAUGGGCUUCUGGGCACCGUUGGUGCUGAGCCACAGCCGCCGCCAGGGGGUGGUGCGCCUGCGUCUGCGGGACUUGCAGGAGGCCUUUCAGCGCAAGGGCAGCGUCCCGCUGGGGCUGGCCACCGUGCUGCAGGACCUGCUGCGUCGAGGGGAGCUGCAGCGGGAGUCAGACUUCAUGGCCAGCGUAGAUAGCAGCUGGAUCUCCUGGGGGGUUGGAGUCUUCCUGCUGAAGCCCCUCAAGUGGACUCUUUCCAACAUGCUGGGGGAUAAUAAGGUUCCUGCUGAGGAGGUGCUUGUGGCUGUGGAGCUGCUUAAGGAGAAGGCAGAGGAGGUGUAUCGUCUGUAUCAGAACUCCCCUCUCUCCUCCCACCCUGUGGUGGCCCUGUCAGAGCUGAGUGCCCUCUGCGCCGGCUCCUGUCCAGAUGAGAGGACCUUCUACUUGGUGUUGCUGCAGCUGCAGAAAGAGAAGAGAGUCACUGUCUUGGAGCAGAACGGGGAGAAGAUUGUGAAGUUUGCCCGGGGGCCACACGCCAAGGUCUCUCCUGUCAACGACGUAGAUGUCGGGGUUUACCAGCUAAUGCAGAGUGAACAGCUGCUCUCGCGCAAGGUGGAGUCCUUAUCCCAGGAAGCAGAGAGGUAUAAAGAAGAAGCCCGCCGGGCAUGCCGAGCAGGAAAGAAGCAGCUGGCACUGAGGUCUCUCAAGGCCAAGCAGCGGACGGAAAAACGCAUCGAGGCCCUGCACGCCAAGCUGGACACUGUUCAAGGCAUCCUGGAUCGGAUCUACGCCUCGCAGACAGAUCAGAUGGUUUUCAAUGCCUAUCAGGCCGGGGUCGGAGCACUGAAACUCUCCAUGAAGGACGUCACAGUGGAGAAGGCAGAGAGCCUUGUGGAUCAGAUCCAAGAGCUGUGUGACACCCAGGACGAAGUAUCUCAGACUCUGGCUGGUGGGGUAACCAACGGCUUAGACUUUGACAGUGAGGAACUGGAGAAGGAAUUGGACAUCCUCCUUCAGGACACCACCAAAGAACCUUCGGAUCUGCCUGUCAACCCCCGGAGGAAGUUACAUACCAACAUUGUGCCUAAUCCUAGGAUCUCGGACGCUGAACUUGAAGCUGAACUUGAGAAACUGUCCUUAUCAGAGGGAGGUUUGGUCCCAAGCAGUAAAUCUCCAAAAAGACAAUUGGAACCGACUCUCUAAAGCCAUUGCAGGACCCUCAAGUGCAGGACCUCAUGUCAAAGAGAGACCAUGCUUGUGUGUGUGUACAUAGUUAUUUAAAUGAGAAACUUUUGGAAUGUGUUGGGAAGAGGAGGAACGACAAGCACUCUGAUGUAUCUGGAUGCUACCACUUACUACGGACAGAUAGAAUUUCUGGAAGCCUGCCCCUGAGGCCUGCUGCCAGCUGGGGUCAUGAACCUGCCUUCUCAUCUUUAUAGUGCCACAGUUUCUACGGUUCUGUGUUUGCCCUGUCGUCUCUCAUAGCCUGCAGUCCCUGCUACAGGCUGGGUUAGGUUUGUCUCCCCCACCAGCCUUGUUCCGGCCAGCGAAAGUGAAAGAUUCGCAGCUUUGCCAAAUCAAAAUCUAUCCUCGUCCCCCACCCCCACUGUGCAUAGAGGAGUUUAUUCUGUCUGUAGGUCUGUUGCACAACGUGUCCCAGCCUCACUCUGUUUCUGUUGGUAGUGAGGAGAAUCAAACAGCUACUGCUCUGUGGAGAAACACUACAGUGUAAAAGUUUUUUCUCCGGGCUUAGCUGUCAAAUUCUCUGGGCGUUCAGAAGGAGAGGUCACCCCUGAGUGGCUCAGAGUCCUGACAUUUGGAGAGGGGCCUUGUGGGGCUGGUGGACACUGCUGCCUCUUCCAUCUUAUGCAAAAGGAGAUCUGCUGAUGGACAGAGGGUUAUUCUUGGUUCUUUGAACUUGAGCGAGAGAAGCCGGGUGACUGCAGGGCCCCAGGUAUUCCAACCCCAUGUGCUUUCUUAAAGAGGCAUCAUCUCUGCCUUGCCCCCAUGAUGAAUAACUAAACAUAAUUUAAAUAUAUAAAUCAAAACCAGCCACAUGACACACCUCCCCUUCUUGAACCUGGCAGACCCAACAACAGGUUCUUUGUUUGAAUUUCAGAAGCAUUUUACUUUGUAGCCCACCGCUCAGGGCAAGGGAUCUGAGCCAGGAUGUGCAAUAGAAGCAGAAGACUGUGGCCCCCUGCCACACCUGCUGUGAGCUCCCCAGUCCUGCUCUACACCCAUCCCCGUCUCCUGAAGGCCCAUCUUCCUUCUUCCUUUGGCCAGUGGGGGAGGAUGGUAUGGGGGGCCAGGCAGGAGAGGGUCCCAACACUCUGGCAGCAGGGAGAAGAAAACAUACCAGCCACACUGCCACUCUGCUGCCAUAGUCCCAGAUGCCUGCCUGGCCCUUGGCUCUGUCCUUCCUGCUUGAUGGGACCCGGAGCAGAGGGGAGGGAUGUGCUCCAGGCCAGGAGCACAAAUCACUGUUCAACAAAUGUCUCUCCCAUUCGACCUUGGGAAACUGAAAUGUUGGGGAUGAAGAGAAACAAUCACUAUUUUUUCUUUUUUAUCUGGUAAAUAAUUAAAAGAAAAACCCCAA